UUAUCUGUGCCUCUCUGCUUGCUCCCAACAACGGAUCAUAAUCGUCGGAAUUUUUAUUCAUCUCGUUUCCGUUUAAUUUUUCCUUCCAGGUUCAACUGCUGAGUCCAAAACUCCCGAGACUAACGCCGGCGAACGGAUAUUCCAACAGUAGUGCGAUUUUUCCGGUAGAGAGCGACCAUUCGGGCGAGCAGAAUGCAAAGAAGGAAUAUCCCGCUCAAAAUUGAAGCGAAAAAAAUGCUGCGCUAUCAUCAUCCGAGAAUUAUUAUCAUAAUAGUGAUUUAUUCGAUCGCCAAAUGGCUCGUGAAAUUUGUGCAGUAGAGCAGCGCUCCGCAAAAGGGAAUCAUCAACCGGGCAGCGUUGGAGCAUUUUGUGGCUAAUGGCGAAACUAAUUAAACGUAAUUGCUGCGAAAUAAACACGAAAGUGAUGGCGAGCGGGCGAUGAUUUCACGAAUAUAAUUUUAAGUUCGACGCUAAGCGAUAGAAAAACAGCUUCCGAAAAUCGAACACGAGCAAUGGACGCAGCAACAGAGCAAUAACCGUUGGUGGCGGCACAAAUCACUAAUUCCAGCUCAAGCCUCGAGCAACCAAUAAUGAAUAAUGCAACUGACUUCUACUGGGAACUGUCGCAACUGAUAAGGUUUAGCAAUCUCAGCUACUACAAUGUGUCAAAUGGUGGCGAAACUUCGGUGACACUGGAUGCGGUCAACUGCUGUACCACUGAGCCGAACUUCUCAGAGUACCUGGAUGCCCUGCCAAACGACAGGGCCGGAUUGUUAGCGUUUCUGUUCCUGUUUUCCUUCGCAACAGUCUUCGGUAACUCGCUGGUAAUACUGGCUGUUAUCCGAGAGCGGUACCUUCACACGGCGACCAAUUAUUUCGUGACCAGCCUGGCCGUGGCGGACUGCUUGGUAGGACUGGUCGUGAUGCCGUUCUCUGCGUUGUAUGAGGUACUGCAGAAUACGUGGUUCUUCGGUGAAGAUUGGUGUGAUAUAUGGCGCUCGUUAGAUGUAUUGUUUAGUACUGCUUCCAUACUGAACCUAUGUGUGAUAUCUCUUGAUCGGUACUGGGCCAUAACGGAUCCAUUUUCCUACCCGAUGAAGAUGACUCGAAAGAAGGCAGCUGCCCUAAUAGCAGCUGUGUGGAUAUGCUCAAGUGCGAUCAGCUUCCCGGCGAUCGUGUGGUGGCGAGCUGCACGGGAAGGCGAUAUGCCACCGUACAAGUGCACAUUUACCGAGCAUCUCGGCUAUUUGGUGUUCUCCUCCACCAUAUCGUUCUAUCUUCCACUGCUGGUAAUGGUGUUCACAUAUUGUAGAAUAUACCGAGCUGCAGCAAUACAAACUCGAUCGCUCAAGCUAGGAACCAAGCAAGUGCUGAUGGCAUCCGGUGAACUACAACUUACCCUCCGAAUACAUCGAGGUGGCACCACUCGAGAAAGGCCCAACCAUCAGCAACAGCAACCGCCGCAGCACCAAACGCAUCAGCAUCAAGACCAUCAGCAGCACACGGCGAAUUCGACACCGGAAGAACCGGACGAGGAACCGCUUUCCGCGCUGCAGAACAAUGGCCUUGGAGGGCGCCAUCGGACGCACAUGGGCAAGAACUUUUCCCUGUCGCGAAAGCUGGCCAAGUUUGCCAAGGAGAAGAAGGCCGCCAAAACGCUCGGCAUUGUGAUGGGUGUGUUCAUAGUUUGUUGGCUUCCAUUUUUUGUGGUAAACCUGCUGUCGGGGUUUUGUAUGCAGUGUAUAGCACACGAGGAAAUUGUGUCGGCCGUGGUCACGUGGCUGGGGUGGAUCAAUUCCAGUAUGAAUCCGGUGAUCUACGCGUGUUGGAGCAGAGAUUUCAGAAGGGCCUUCGUGCGGAUAUUGUGUGUUUGCUGCCCCAGAAAGAUCCGGCGAAAAUACCAGCCAACAAUGCGCUCGAAAGCGUCUCAGAGAUUUGCAUCCAGACGGUGUUACUCGACGUGUUCCCUGCAUGGGAUCCAGCAAGUACGUCAAAACUCUUGCGAGCAGACGUAUAUCUAGUCGUCGCGGUGUGGUGGUUGUUCAACCUUCAAUCCUCUGCCAAGUUCAACGCCAGCAACAGCCCGGGAGGCAGCAGUAACAGCAGCAUCCGAAACAUUCCUCGAAUGUAAAAAACUCCACCUUCAUCAGCAACAACAACAAUAUCAGCGGAGGCAACUGAACGUCUAUCAGAAAGCGCAAAUGGCACUCACCGGAAGUGAGAAGCCCUGUGGCGAAUGGCAGAAGCCCGUGGCAGUGGCUGUGGUGGUGGUGGUUGUUGAGAUCCAUGGUUCGAUUAUUGAAUUGAAAUCCGGCGGUGCUCUAGACUCCAUGCGCUCCCCUUCAUGGCGCGAGAAGGAAAAUCCAAUUCCAAUACUAAACGGACAAAAAAGUUUCGAAUUCUCAUUCCGGUGCCC